UCUGAACAUUGUCAAUAUGGUCCAUAAGAAUCGUUCAUCUCGCAAAUCCUGCCCCGUCAUUGAUGUCAGUCCCCUACGCAACUCAUUGUCUGCAUCGGCUAAUAAACAUGACUUAUCCACAAGUCCUCGUAUAGGCUAUACUCUGGAUGUACCUAACCGCCCAAUUGGAUCUACAUCGUCAUCAAAUCUUUGGUAUUACAAUGAUAUGAUCAAGAAUAAUCGUGAACAAUUCAACAGCUUACAUUUCUGUUGA